AGAUUUUGACAGAUGAACAUGUGCGGAGUUGUCUGGUUGUGUUCCUGGCAUGGUUUCAAUAUUUUUAGACAAGAUUAAUACAGAGUGUCAAUUUCUCCGUCGUGGUUGAUUAAAGACAUCAACUUCGAACAGUAUCACAUUAAAAUGUAUCCGUCGUACGAAGAUAAUCCUUCGAAGCGGAUAUUUGUUGGCAACCUUCCGAACUCUGUGAACGAGGAUGUCCUCAGGAAGGAAUUCUCAGCAUAUGGAAGAGUGGAAAAGGUUGAUCUCAAAGUUAAAGGAAUCGGCGAUGCACAGACGCAGUUUGCCUUUAUUACCUUGGUUGAUACCUCCGACCACGACGUCAACAAAUGUGUCAAACGCUUCUCCCGCGAACCGUUUCACGGAGAAUACUUGAAGGUUGAAGUAGCCCGAGAAAGUUUUUUGGAACGGCUGAAGCGUGAACGAGAGGCAGCCCAAAAACAUAAUAAUCAAGAACAGGCGGAACCAGUGCCCGUGAAGGAGAGUCCUAAGAAAACCAAUCUACCUAAAUUGAAGCAGGACAAACCCUCCAAGAAAGAAAGCAGUAGCGAGAGUAGUUCCAGCAGUUCGGAGAGUGAAUCCGAAAGCAACGAUGGAACUACCAGUAAACCAACUCAGGGCAAGCCAACCCAGCCGGCUAUAUCAGACGAAGAGGAGAACGAUGCCUUCAUAGCAAAGAAGAAUGCGUACUCAUCUGUGCUGAAUGGAAAGAUUAAAAUUGACCCAGUGGCCGCUGAACCGAUCCACGUGAUUUCCAAGAAAAACAAAGUUCAGAAGCAAUUAGAAGGAACAGCCCAACAAUCGGACAAAAAACGGAAGGAAUCCCUUCACAAAAUGAAAGACCAGUACAACAAAAAUAAAUUGGCCAUCAAAGAAGCCUUGACAAAUAUCGAUGGUGCUAAAAAAUCCACGAAAAUUGUUUUCGAUGACGAUGAAUUGGAUAAUUCUCAGAAACCAUCGAAAGCCGGCAAAGAGUCGAAGAAAAAAAAUCUCUUCGAUGACGAUGACGAAGAAGCACCAGAGGACUACGGCAAGACUUUUGAAAUCAAAGAACAAUUUCAGGGCAAAAAAGGCGAAAAACUGAUGAAACUACAGUCAAAGUUCAAACUAGAUCCUCGUUUUGCUAUGGACUCCAAAUUUUUAGAAGGCGAUGAGGAAAAUGAAGAAGAGGAUAAUGUUCAAAAGGAAGAUGCCGUCGAAAGUGAUGAAAGGAAUUGGCAACUAAGUCUCAUUGAACAGGUUGUCGGGAAAAAAAUGAAUUUAGAAAGGCCUACCCAAAAGCAACAAACUAAAGGCCUAAUAACUCGUUUCGAUCCUAGUAAAGAAGAACAUAAGAAAUUUUACAAAACGGCCACAAAUGACGACCCGGAGCAACAUGGUGGAAAAAGCGUGAACAAUAAUGAAGACGUGGAAGUUUCCAAGGAACAAUUCUAUAAAGUAAGCGACGACCUAACGAAAUCCUUAAAAUCAAGUAACCAAGGGUUCAGUCUGUUAAACAUGUUCGGCAAGGCAGAUGAGGAAACCAGUCAAAAAGACAAUGCCCAAAAGUACACGGUAAUCCCGCUAACAAAGCAACCAAAAUCCGCUGUUGCGUUAGAUAAUCCAUUCAAAUAUGAUUCAUCCGAUUCUGAAGACGACGAUGAUCAAAAUAAAACAAUAAAAGAAGAAGUUCAAUCACCCGCUGCAAAACAAAAUCAAAAAAAUACGAGACCCAAUGGUGCGACAUCCAAAUCGAAAUUUCCUGUUGAGAAAUUUUUUCUAUCAUCAUUAGACAAACGUCUUGAGGAGGCCAUUGGCUUCUUCAAAGCACCCGAAGUCAAUCCAGAUCGUGAUUAUGAUGAAGUGAAGCGUAGUUUGCGAACAAUUAUUCAUCGGAAGAUUGCCAAGAAAAGGAAACAUACCGAAGGUUUUAACACGAUCGCAAGCAAGUUCAAGAAAAGGAAAAAAGCGUAAAAUGUUUUUUUAUAUAAAUUGUGAGGUUUGUUUAAAUUUGUUAAUAAAACAAAAUAUAUGGAUGAAUGUUGAACCGAAAAAAAAUGUUUUGGAAUUCAUC